AAAUUAGAUACAUAUAUUUAUAUAGGUCAACAUGAAACAUAUAGUGGAGGUGGUUAUAUAUAUGAAUUUCGUGGUCGUUUAUUAGAUCUUAAAAGUAAUUUAUCUAGACUUCAUCAAUUAGAAUGGAUUGAUGAUGAAACAAGAGCUAUUUUUAUUCAAUUAACUUUAUAUAAUCCAAAUGUCCAAUUAUUUACUUCAGCUACUUUUCUUGUUGAAUUUUUAUCAACCAGUUCAAUAUCUCCAACAAAAUUAGAAUUUUACUCUGUUUUAGUAUUUACAUCAGUUUUACAAUUAGUUUGUACAAUACUUUAUAUAAUUUUUAUUAUUUAUUUUAUAAUAAUCGAAAUUCGAUUAUUAUUUCAAUUAAAAUUAAAUUAUUUUUGUCAAUUUCGAUCAUUGAUUGAAUUAGGUAUUAUUGUCUGUUCAUUGCGAAAUGUUGUAGUUUAUUUAUGGCGUUUUCAAGAAUGUAAACGUAUAAGUCGUUCAUUUAAAGAAACAAAUGGAUAUGUUUAUAUUAAUUUAGAAUUUGCAGUUUAUGCAAAUGAUCUUUUAACAUUUUUUCUUAGUUUUUGUUGUUUUUUUGGUACAAUUAAAUUUAUUCAUCUAUUUCGUUUUAAUCGACGUUUAUCAUUAUUUACUGAAACACUUCGAUAUGCUAGAAGAGAACUUAUUUCAUUUUCUAUGAUGUUUUCAAUUGUAUUUAUGUCGUUUCUUAGUUUAUUUUAUUUAUUAUUUGUAUCACGAAUUUCAUCAUGUUCAAGUCUAUUAUCAAGUGCACAAAUGCUUUUUGAAAUGACAUUAAUGAAAUUUGAUACAAGUGAAUUAAUAGGAGCUGAUGUUGUUAUUGGUCCAUUAUGUUUUAGUAUAUUUAUUCUGUUAGUUGUAUUUGUAUGUUUGAGUAUGUUUAUUUCAAUUAUUAAUGAUAGUUUUCGAUAUGCUCGAGAAAAUCAGAUACAAGAUCAAGAUAUUUUAUCAUUUAUGCUAAAUAAUUUAUUACAUUGGAUAGGUAAAUAUGUUUAUUGAAAUUUUAUAACAAUUAUCCCUUCUAAUUUUAGGAAUAAAAAUGUCAAGUAGAUCACAAAUUGCAGAAGAACAAGAUUCUCGAAUUAGGGGUGGUACUUUACUUUUACUUUAUAAAAUAAAGAUAAAUGAAUCCUUUAUUCUUAAAAAAUAAAGGUAAAUGGA